GGGAAGAAAACCGGAACUCAAUGAUUCAAGCUAGGAUUGGCUAGAAUCGGCCAACCCUGGGCAGUGAUUGGUCAAGGCUCGUCUCUGCACCUCCCCUCGGUGGAGGAAGUCAGGACCAGAAAGAGGCAUGUGUCUGAGACCGGCGUAAAGAUGGCGGACUUGGUAACUCUUUUCACUGAGAUCGGGCUCAGUGAACAGAAAGCGAAAGAAACCCUGAAAAAUGAAGCUCUCAGCUCGACCCUCAAGGAGGCGAUUACCCUGGCUCGGGGCGUGGCGGGACUGGCGGGCGUGGACAGACCCACGGGGACCCUGCUGUACAGCCUGGCCUCUCGGCUCCGCGACGCGCGCCGCCUGGCCUUCCUGACCGAGCACAUCGCCCUCCGCAGGAUCAGCACGGAGCUGCAGCUCUCGGCCGCGCUGGAGUACGUGAAGAGCCACCCGGAGGACCCCAUCGCCGCCCAGGACUUCCAGGAGGCGUGCGGGGUGGGCGUGGUCAUCACCCCCGAGCAGAUCGAGGACGCGGUGGAGGCUGUGAUCCUGAAGCACAAGGAGCAGCUGGUGAAGGAGAGAUACCGCUUCAACAUGGGCCUGCUGAUGGGGGAGGCCCGCACUCGGCUGAAAUGGGCUGAUGGGAAGAUCAUCAAGAACGAGGUGGACAUGCAGGUCCUCCACCUCCUGGGGCCGAAGACGGAGGCCGACCUGGAGAAGAAGUCCAAGGUCCCGAAGCCCCGAGCGCCGGAGCAGGACCGGAAGGAGGAGUCGGCAGGGAACGGCGCGGUGAAGCUGGAGGGCAGGUCCCUGAUGGAGCAGCUCCGAGGAGAGGCUCUGAAGUUCCACAGGCCGGGCGAGAACUACAAGACGGAGGGGUACGUGAUGACCCCUCACACCAUGAGGCUGCUCAAGGAGCACCUGGAGAUCACCGGGGGGCAGGUCCGAACCCGGUUCCCCCCUGAGCCCAACGGCAUCCUGCACAUCGGCCACGCCAAGGCCAUCAACUUCAACUUCGGAUACGCCAAGGCCAAUGGCGGGAUCUGCUUCCUGCGGUACGACGACACGAACCCGGAGAAGGAGGAGGAGAAGUACUUCACUGGCAUCAGGGACAUGGUGGAGUGGCUGGGGUACAAGCCCUACGCGGUCACCCACGCAUCCGACUACUUCCAGCAGCUGUACGACUGGGCGGUGGAGCUCAUCAGGAGGGGCCACGCCUAUGUGUGCCACCAGCGGGGGGAGGAGAUCAAGGGCCACAGCCCCCCACCCUCGCCGUGGCGGGACCGUCCCGCGGAGGAGUCGCUGGUGCUGUUCGAGAGGAUGAAGAAGGGGGUCUUCGCCGAGGGGGAGGCCACGCUGAGGAUGAAGAUGGUGAUGGAGGAUGGCAAGAUGGACCCUGUGGCCUACCGCAUCAAAUACACCCCCCACCACCGCAGCGGGGACCAGUGGUGCAUCUACCCCACCUACGACUACACCCACUGCCUGUGCGACUCCAUCGAGCACAUCACCCACUCCCUCUGCACCAAGGAGUUCCAGGCCAGGCGCUCCUCCUACUUCUGGCUGUGCAACGUGCUGGACGUGUACUGCCCCGUGCAGUGGGAGUACGGCCGCCUCAACCUCACCUACACCGUGGUGUCCAAGAGGAAGAUCAUCAGGCUGGUGGAGACGGGAGCUGUCAGGGACUGGGACGACCCUCGUCUCUUCACGCUGACUGCUCUGAGGAGGAGGGGAUUCCCACCCGAGGCCAUCAACAACUUCUGUGCUCGGGUGGGCGUGACGGUGGCCCAGACGACGAUGGAGCCGCACCUGCUGGAGGCGUGCGCUCGGGAGGUCCUGAACGACUGCGCCCCCCGGGUCAUGGCCGUCCUCGAGCCCCUCCGCGUCACCAUCACCAACCUGCCGCCCGACACACAGGUGGAAGUCCGUGUUCCCAAUUUCCCGGCGGAUGAGUCUCUGGGCAGCCACAGCGUGCCCUUCUCCAGCACCGUGUUCAUCGAGCGCAGUGACUUCCGCGAGGUGAUGGAGAAGGGCUACAAGCGCCUGACCCCCGAGCAGCCUGUGGGCCUGAGGCAUGCUGGGUACAUCAUCUCCGUGCAGCAGGUCAUCAAGGACGCCAGUGGCUCAGUGGUGGAGCUGGAGGUCACCUGCACUAAGACCGAUGCAGCAGAGAAGCCCAAGGCCUUCAUCCACUGGGUCAGCGAGCCCCUGCCCUGCGAGAUCCGGCUCUACGACCGCCUCUUCCUGCACAAAAACCCUGAGGACACCUCGGAGGUACCAGCCGGCUUCCUGAGUGACGUCAACCCCAACUCUCUGCAGGUGAUCAGCAACGCCUUGGUGGACCGCUCGGUGGGCGGGGCCAAAGUCUUUGACAAGUUCCAGUUUGAGCGCGUUGGGUACUUCUCAGUGGACCCCGACAGUGCGCCAGGGAAGCUGGUGUUCAACAGGACAGUCACUCUGAAGGAGGAUCCAGGGAAAAUCUAAUUGGAGGUCUGUCCAGCUGCGGAGCAGGACAUUCUAUAUCCCAGAAUCCCCCUUGGCAGCCGCUCGAGGCCAGGGGUAGAGAGGGGGCUGCGUCUGUGGUGUUGGGGUGGGGCAGGUGAAGCCAAACUGUCUCCCGUCUUCUCCUCGACUUCCUGCCAGGAGUGUGAAGCUUUUCUACCGCGUGAACGCCAGGAAUGUGACCGCUCUUUGAAAUAAAAACGUUUGCUAAACCGA